AUGGCUAGUGGUGGGGGCUCUGUCGCUGCGCUCUGGACCGAAGUCAACCGCUGCGGCCAGAAUGGAGACUUCACGCGGGCCCUCAAAGCUGUCAAUAAAAUCCUUCAUGAAAAUAAGGAUGAUGUGACUGCCCUGCAUUGCAAAGUCAUUUGCCUUAUCCAGAACGGUGGCUUUAAGGAAGCGCUCAAUGUCAUUAAUACUCAUACAAAGUCACUCAAUUGUGAUGUGAUUGGCUUUGAGAAGGCAUAUUGUGAGUACCGGUUAAACAGAGUGGAAAGUGCUUUGAAGACCAUAGAAGGAGUCUCAGAACAGAGUGACAAACUCAAGGAACUCUAUGGCCAAGUGUUGUACAGAUUGGAGCGGUUUGAUGAAUGUAAGGAGGUUUAUAAAGAUCUGAUCAGGAACUCUCAGGAUGAGUAUGAGGAGGAGAGGAAGACCAACCUGGCCGCUGUGCUGGCCGCACAGAGUACGUGGGAGAAAGCCCAGCCUGAGGAUCUGGGCCUACCUGAGACAACCUAUGAGCUCUGCUACAACGCUGCUUGCACCCUGAUUGGACAAGGACAGCUCACAGAAGCUAUGAACAAACUACGGCAAGCCGAAGAGCUGUGUCGGAUGUCUUUGGCCGAAGAUUCAGAUGUAACAGAGGAAGACAUUGAGUCAGAGCUGGCCAUCAUUCACUCUCAGAUGGCCUACGUCAUGCAGCUGCAGGGAAGAACAGAGGACGCCCUGCAACUCUAUAACCAAGUCAUCAAACUUAAGCCAACGGAUGUGGGUCUUUUGGCUGUUACUGCCAACAACAUCAUCACAAUAAACAAGGACCAAAAUGUUUUUGAUUCGAAGAAGAAGGUGAAGUGGACAAAUGCAGCUGGUGUGGAAUUCAAACUGGCUAAAAAACAACUGCAAGCUAUUGAGUUUAACAAAGCCUUGCUGGCCAUGUACACUAACCAGGCAGAGCAGUGCAGGAAGUUGUCGCUGACUCUGCAAACGCAGAACCCUGGUCACCCACGGCCGGCCCUGAUACAGGCAGCCCAGCUUUGUCGAGAGAAACAGCACACCAAGGCCAUCGAGCUGCUGCAGAAUUUCUCAGAUCAGCACCAAGAAAGUGCGUCUGAAAUCAAACUGACAAUGGCACAACUGUAUCUGAUUCAAGGUCAUGUCACAAAAGCCUGUGACAUUCUGAGGUCUAUAGAGGAGUUCAAGCACAAACCGGGAAUGAUCUCCGCUCUGGUGACGAUGUACACACAUGAAGAGGACAUUGACAGUGCGAUUGAUGUCUUUAGCCAAGCCAUCCAGUAUUACCAAUCACAGCAGCCUGGUUCAGCCACCCAUCUGUCCCUGGUUCGGGAGGCAGCCAACUUUAAAUUGAAGUAUGGGAGGAAGAAAGAGGCUAUCAGUGACCUGGAACAGCUGUGGAAGCAAAACACCAAUGACAUUCACACACUGGCUCAGCUUAUCUCUGCUUACUCUCUAGUGGACACAGAGAAGGCCAAAUCUCUGAGUAAACACCUGCCGUCCCCCGACACCAUGUCUUUCAACGUGGAUGUGGAUGAACUGGAGAACUCGCAUGGAGCCACCAACAUAAGGAAGAAGCCUGUCAAGGUGGUGGGAGACAACCUACCCAAAGAACAGGGCCAAGGAGACAUCAAGAAAAAGAAGAAGAAAAAGAAGAGUAAACUUCCCAAAAACUAUGACCCCAAGUCCAGCCCUGACCCGGAGCGCUGGCUGCCCAUGCGGGAGCGUUCUUACUAUCGGGGCAGGAAGAAGGGCAAGAAGAAGGAACAAGUGGGCAAGGGCACGCAGGGCGCGACCUCAGGAGCCUCUGCUGACCUAGACGCCAGUAAGACAGCCAGUAGUCCCCCGACGUCCCCGCGCCCUGGCUCAGGCUCGGGCCAGGCCUCGAACGUGGUCCCCCCACGUCAGCAGAAACCCGCAGCACCGGGGGCCACGCGCAAGAAGCCCCCGCAGAAGAAGAAGAAAGGAGGAAAAGGGGGCUGGUAGAGACAGAUGGAGUAAAGGAGAGUGAGGGAGGGAUUGUGGGACAGGCCUGAGGAUGAACAGUGUAGUAUCUCCCAUAAGCAGGGACUUAGGAAGACAAUAAUCAUUAUUAUUUUUUAUUUUUAUUUUAUUUUUUUUUUUAAUUUUCCAACCCAUCCAAGCAUUCUGUGUCUUGAGUCGCUGUAUGUGGGGGGGGGGGGGAAAUAACUACCUUUUUUUGUCCCUCUGAAUUGAGUUGAAGUGAAUGAAAGUCAAAUAAUUGGAUGGAAAGAUAUGAGGUUUGUAUGCAUACGCCACUGUUGUAUCUUUGUUUGUCAGAAUGUCAGAGUAUGUAUUAGCUGUACAGGGGAAGUGGACCUGAGCUACGUUUGAAAUAUCAUCUGACCAUGAGUUAGUUUUGGUUCCCCAUUCAAAACCGUGCCUGUUUUGUGUACUCGCAACCAUGAAACACAAAUUUGUGUCAACCAAAAAAAAAAAAACAAAGAGAGGCGGUUUAUGCAAGCUUAAGAUAUAUUUAUUUUUUAAAUUUCUUGAUCUCAUCAUUAAAUAUAAUUUCAGAUGAAUAUAUCCCCCUGUGCGGUGUUCUGAAGAGAAUCUGUUGAAAAUGGGAUUAUGGCCAGAACAACUUCUUGUGUAGUCUUAAUAAAGAGGGUUUCUCAACAA